CCUCCUUUCCUCCAAAGGCAUUUCCUUCCGUCCGCGCUCCCAGAAUACAGCUGUACGCCAGCGGUUAUGGCACACUAUGGACCGCUAUUUUAUCUCUCCACCAUCUUCUAUCUCUUGAGGAUGCAGGUGUGCGCGGUUAACUUUCAACUUCCAACUGUAUCUCGUUUGGAAAUCAGCGUUUCCAGCGGCCUUUCCACAUUUUGAGACGGCAUAAGGCGCGAGUGUUACUUUGUUUCGGGACAAACGCGAGCGUCUCACAGUUCCAUUCCAUGUAAUAGCCUACAUAAUUGACGGUUGUUGAAGUGUUAGGAACCCAAUCAAACCCAACCCGAGCCGUUCUCGAUCCGAGAUGAAGUCAUUCGGAUACGACUAGAUCUCCUGCCACGUUUCUAUCUUCGAGGGGUGAAGUUGCGACUGCAACAGAGGUGGACAGACUGGCUGACACAAUGAAGGAGGAGAACUUGUUCCGCAGACGGUUCUCUCUCUGUCCCACAGCCACGUCACCUCCCCAGAUCGACCCGCGUGUACUGACCCGCAACCUGUCCUAUGGAGGAGACCAUGAACUGUACCCACUCAGCCCAGGUAAUGAAACGGAGCGGAACGGUUUGCCCUUACCGAGGGACGAGGUCAGCCCGGCCCGGUCGCCCAGCAGCGUGUCGGAAUCCAGAAUGUUUAUUGGUUUGGAGAAGGAGUCUUCCUCGCCCACGGAGAAGCUGGCAAGGAAAGAAUCGCUUAAGGUUCAGAAAAAGAACUAUCGCCAGGAAAAGAAGAGGGUCGCCAAUGAACUGUUCAGUGCACUAAAGGAUCCAAGUGUGGUUAUUAUGUCCAACUGGCUAAAGAUUCGGGGAACAUUGAAGAGCUGGACUAAAUUAUGGUGCAUCCUGAAGCCUGGCAUUCUCCUGAUAUUCAAGACGCCCGGUUCGGAUCACUGGGUGGGAACGAUUCUUCUCAACGCCUGCAAACUCAUCGAAAGACCCUCAAAGAAGGACGGAUUCUGCUUCAAACUCUACCAUCCGCUGGAUAAGUCCAUAUGGGCCAUGAAGGGUCCUAAAGGAGAAAACGUUGGUUCCAUCACACAACCCUUGCCUAGUAAUUACCUGAUCUUCAGGGCAGCAUCUGAAUCUGAUGGACGCUGUUGGAUGGACGCUCUGGAACUGGCUCUCUGCUGCUCCAGCUUGUCGAAGAUGACGGCGAAGAGCUGCAGGGAUGGAGAUCUGAGCAGCUCCUCGGAGUCCUCACACAUAUUGCAGCUGCUGCAGUGCUCGCCUCUCACAGACCAGGACCUCCUGCAGUUGAAUGACUCCAUGUUGGAAAACCACAUGGAGAACGACGCCAACUCUGACAAAUCGGAGAGGGAGACGCAUGAAGACUCAGACAAUGCAGCCAAUGAGAAUGGAGGCAGAUUGACUGAGGAAAGUGAUAUGGACCAAUCAGAUGACGUGUGCCUCCAGGCAACAGCAUUCGUCGAAGAAGCCCAUGAAGAGAUGGGAGAGGCUGGUGAGGCGUCCCAGGUCGAGACAGUCUCAGAUGAGAAUAAGGGUUUAAUUUGGACUCUCCUGAAGCAGCUGAGGCCAGGGAUGGACCUGUCUAAAGUGGUUUUGCCAACGUUUAUCCUGGAGCCGCGUUCAUUUCUGGACAAGCUGUCAGAUUAUUAUUACCAUGCUGACCUGCUGUCCCAGGCUGUGACGGAAGAGAGCCCAUACUGCAGGAUGAAGCAGGUCUUGCGCUGGUAUCUGUCAGGCUUCUACAAGAAACCAAAGGGUCUGAAAAAACCAUACAACCCUAUUCUAGGAGAAAUGUUUCGAUGCUGUUGGCUGCAUCCACAAACAGACAGCUGUACAUUUUACAUAGCAGAACAGGUUUCUCAUCACCCUCCUGUUUCAGCCUUCUAUAUCAGCAAUAAGAAAGAUGGAUUCUGCAUUAGUGGAAGCAUUCUGGCCAAAUCCAAAUUUUAUGGGAACUCGCUGUCUGCGAUACUAGAUGGAAAGGCCAGGCUCUUGUUUUUGCCCCGAGAUGAAGAGUACAUCAUCACAAUGCCAUACGCUCACUGUAAAGGUAUUCUGUAUGGUACAAUGACUUUGGAGCUUGGUGGGAAAAUCACAAUUGAGUGUGAAAAAACACAAUGUUAUACAGAACUUGAAUUCAAAUUGAAGCCUUUUCUUGGCAGCUCGUGCAACGUUAACCAGAUUUCUGGAAAGAUACGCAUGGGGGAAGACGUUCUGGCUACAGUAGAUGGCCACUGGGAUGGUAAAGUGCAUCUGAUGGAGAAGAAGACGGGCCAGCAGGAGGUGCUGUGGAACCCCGGGCCAGACAUCCGCAGACAGAGGCUGAAGAGACAGGUGGUGCAGAUGGACCAGCAGGAGGCGUUCGAGUCUCAGAGGCUGUGGCAGCACGUGACCCGAGCGAUCACCGAUAAAGACCAGAACAGCGCCACCCAGGAGAAGUUUGUUCUGGAAGAGGCUCAGCGACAGGAAGCCCGAGAGAGGAGCGAGAAACCCUGGAACCCACGGCUCUUCACUCUCAAUACUGACACUAAUGAGUGGCACUACAAAUAUGCCGACACUAAGCCGUGGGAUCCGGAGCUCUGCCUGGUACAGUUUGAGAAAGAAGGCAUCAUCCAGACGAAAGAGAAAUCCCAGCGUCAACGCAACAGUUUCUCCUACAGCCAGAACUGGGCUGGACAGAAGAAGCUGCGGGUGAAUGGCAAACACAGGAAGUCUAGCAGCCAGCCGUCCAGCUGCAGUCAGAACACAGAGAGCAGCAGCACCACACCAGAGCCCAACCACGAGUCAUCCGACAACGAAGGCUUUCUGAGCCAGUGUGGAAGAUGUACUAAAGAAGUGAAGGACAUCGCUCUCAUAGAGGCCUCAGUAGCAGCUAUACAGAAAACACAGCAAGACAUACAGAGAAACCUGAGUGCAUUGGGUCGUCAGAUAGCGCGACACAAGACGGAGGAGGAGAGCAAGUCCUUGAGCGGCCGCCACUGUCUCAUCCUCUGCAUGCUGUUGCUCUUUCAGCUACUCAUCAACUACGUCUUCACUUGAGAUGCCGUCACCUAGCGACCAUCGCCUAGCAAUCGUUGCCUAGCAAUAAACACAGCCAAACUAUCACCAUCACACAGCCCCUUGAAUGCCCCACCGUGAUGUUGCUACCAACCGUAGCCCACCAUCAAGCACUAAGCACUUCAAUUAGAGAGAAAGAGACUCUUGUUUUAAUUCAUAUGACAGAUAAUCAUUUAACAGUGGAUGUAAGAUACUGUACUGCCAUUCUUGUUUAUUGAUGAGUUCCCUCUUCCCUACGCACUGUUUCUUGGCAAUAUUGGUCAUCCAUUUGUGUCACAUUUGAAU